CGAUCACAAGUCGGAUUGUGGGUGGGCAGGGCGUGAGGAGGCGCGUCACUCCCCUCCCCCAGGUGGGCGGAGCAUUUUUCUGUGCGGGUGGGGGCCGCGGCUAACGAGGCGACCCCUCAGCUCAGGUCCCCGCCCCCUUCCUCGCGCUCCCAGGGACGCCCCUGUUGCUAGGCUCGCAGCUGUAGGGAAGGGCUGGUCUAAUGGCCCUGGAGAGAGCCCCCUCUCCGCAGCUCCUCCCCCCAGCCUGGCCAGCAUCUGCAGGCCCCUGGCACCUUCUCUACACCACAGCUGCCCCUUUUCUUGGCCAGGGGUCCCUGCUCCUCUAGCCAGUGUGUUCAGGUGGCACCUUGGUAUAAGCCACCCCCCAGCCGUGCCCAAAUCGCACAUCAGGUCCCUUUGCAGCCUGUGACUGCCCUGCAUGCAGCUGUUAUCAGCCUGCCAGUGUCUGAACUUUUGGGGGACCCCUCUGCCAGCUUUUCCCUGUGAUCGUGAAAGUGAGACACGUGCUGGGUUUGAAAUGCAGGCCCAGGUGCUGGAGUGAUCAGAUGGAAAAAAAUAUGUAAAACCCCCAAUGUUGUGGUGGGAGCUGGCAGCUCAGACAACGUGCUGGGUGCUGUACAAACAUAAAACCAAUCUGAAAAGGCUGCAAGGCUGUGAUCCUGGAAGUAAGCAAGCAGGAUUCAUUUGCUGACUUUGCCAUCCUGAAAGAAGAUGGGAAAGGGCUACAAAGUGGUGAUUUGUGGAAUGGCAUCAGUGGGAAAAACAGCAAUUUUGGAGCAGCUUCUCUAUGGAAAACAUACUGUUGGUUUAGAAGAGGGAGCAACAGUGGAAGACGUGUAUUUGGCGUCAGUCGAAACAGAUCGUGGGGUAAAGGAACAGUUACGGCUGUAUGACACUAUGGGUCUGCAAGAGGGUGUAGAAUUUCCAAAGCAUUACUUCUCUGUUGCUGAUGGCUUUGUUCUUGUGUAUGCUGUGAACAGCCUUGAAUCCUUCCAGAGAGCUGAAGUGCUCAAGAAAGAGAUUGACACAUUCAGAGACAAAAAAGAGGUGAUAAUUGUCAUCUUAGGAAACAAAACUGACCUCACUGACCAAAGACAAGUGGAAACAGAAGUAGCACAGCAGUGGGCAAAGGCUGAGAAGGUGAGACUAUGGGAGGUGACAGUAACAGAUCGGAAAACACUCAUUGAACCUUUCACUUCGUUAGCCAGCAAACUUUCCCAAUCCCAGAACAAGUCAGCAUUUCCCUUGCCUGGAAGGAAGAGCAAAGGCAAUAACUGUGAUAACUAAAACCCCUCUUCCAGGGGAAGCUGUUUGCACUAUCUGUGGCUGCAAGGGCAUGGUGUCUUUUUUCCUGCCAUUUGCUUGGCUUGUUUUUUUCUGAGGUAAUACUGAAUUCAGCAUUAAAAGCAGCAAAGUUGUGAAUGUAACCGUACUUCAGUCAAGUAUUUUCUUCGAAAAUCACAGGUGAUCAAGAUCUUAAUCACUUCACAAGGAGGCACUUUGUAAAAAUGUUGUAAAGGUGCUAUUAAUAGAGUCCUGCGCAGAUACAAAAAGUGAGCUGCAGAUACCUGUGAAUUGCCACAAAUCAUAGGAUUCUAGAUACAAAAUUUGUAUCUGCAUCCAUAUCUGCAAAAAUGAGCUGUGGAUAUUCAUCUAGAUUCUGACAACAGGACAAGAUAUGAGAUAUGAAGGGCUGCAGUUAUUAGCCUCACCCGCCAGAGCAGUUCAUAAACACUGUUGCUGUCCAUCUUCACAGGGCAGUUGCACUUUGUAUUCUGUAUAAGGACUAAGACUGUGCACACAAUACAUCUUAGGUCUGUAUAAGUUAUGUUACCUGGGGUGUGACUAAAGCACUCCCCAGAGCAAUGUAAUUUACAUUGAUCAAAAUGCCUGCAUGGAUAGUAUUAGAAGAGCUUUUCCCACUGACAUAAUUACUCCAGCCUUAUGAGCAGUGGUAGCUAAGUUGACUGGGGAGCUCUCUCACAUUAGCUUAGAGCAUUUGCACUGCCAGCUGUAAGUUCUGUAGUGUAGCCAUAGCCUAAACAAAGAAUUGUGCGAACACCUAACGUCUUGUAGAAGAGGCUUAAUGAAUAUAGUAAGAGGCCUGCUAGUGGUUGGUAUAAAGUCAGCCAGCCAGCUCUGAAUGGCAGAUCAGCAGAAAUGGUUGUGCAGAUCCCUCAGGUGUAACAAGUGGCACAUCUUCCAACAGCAGGAGCAUGUUAUAUGAACUUGACCACACAGGAUGGAUCACCAUGUUUCAGGGUUCUGCUGUCCCACUAAUUUAAACAAUGAACAGUUCCAUACACUCCCAACAAGUGACAUUUCCUGGUAUUUUAAAUAGCAGAGUGUUGGACUGUCAUGAGGCAGUAAGACCUCAGGUUAUUCAUAGUGACACGUAAGCUGCUGAAUAUUGUCAUUUGAUAGUUACAAUUUUGAUGGCUGUUCUAAGUAUGUGCCUGUAAUACCCUUCUGCUACUUGAUGGUACUAAUAACUCAGUGAAAAGUAUGAACAGUUAGUAACAAUGGUGCAACAUUACAAUGUACCAAAACGAAGCAAGAUUUUGCGAUGGAGUAACUUGGAUUACCUGUACAGUUGAACCUGUUUUUUUGCUUUGGUCCAUGAAGUAGUUCAAAAUAAUUCUUCUUCCUGUGCCUAAGGCAUAUGCCAAGAGAAACUGUCAGCAAUUACAUCUUCAAUCAUUUGCUAUUCCUUAUGAAUGAGCAAGCUCUUGUUACACUGUUAGGAACGUGCACAUGUUUUUGUUGUAUGAUCACAGCUGACUAAGAGCUGUUACUAUCAGAGCAGCAUGGA